AAAAAUAACCCGGAAUGACCUUUGCCGGUCUGGGCCUGCCCUCUUUCGUAGCUGAUGUCUCCUCCCACCAACGAGGCGAGCUCCGCCCUACGCCCCGCCCUUGCUGGGGGAUCAGGUGAUUGCAGGCCGACACCGUCACGUGGCCCAGGCGCGCCCGCCGAUUGUGGCCAUGGCGGCCGCAGUCUCUAGUGUGGUGAGACGAGUGGAAGAGCUCGGAGACCUGGCUCAGGCCCACAUACAGCAACUUAGCGAAGCUGCCGGCGAAGAUGAUCACUUUUUAAUUCGGGCCUCUGCAGCAUUAGAAAAAUUGAAACUCCUGUGUGGAGAAGAGAAGGAAUGUUCAAAUCCAUCAAAUCUUCUAGAACUUUACACACAGGCUAUUUUGGACAUGACCUAUUUUGAAGAGAACAAACUAGUGGAUGAAGAUUUUCCUGAAGACUCUUCACAGAAAGUAAAAGAGCUGAUCAGUUUUCUUUCAGAGCCAGAAAUUUUAGUUAAGGAAAAUAAUAUGCAUCCAAAACACUGCAAUUUGCUUGGGGACGAGCUACUGGAAUGUCUCUCUUGGAGACGAGGAGCCCUGCUGUAUAUGUAUUGCCAUUCUCUGACCAAAAGAAGAGAGUGGCUCUUGAGAAAAUCCAGUUUGCUUAAAAAGUACCUUGUUGAUGGAAUCAGUUACUUGCUACAGAUGCUAAAUUAUCGAUGUCCUAUCCAGUUAAAUGAAGGAGUUUCUUUCCAGGACCUAGACACAGCUAAAUUACUGAGUGCAGGAAUAUUUAGUGACAUUCAUCUGCUGGCUAUGAUGUACAGUGGAGAAAUGUGUUACUGGGGAUCGAAGUAUUGUGCUGAUCAGCAACCAGAAAAUCAUGAAAUGGAUGCUGAUGUUUCUGGAGCAAGCUGCACUAUACAAAAGGAACCCUUGGAUUUCCGAGAAGUAGGAGAAAAAAUCUUGAAAAAGUAUGUAUCUGUGUGUGAAGGACCCCUGAAAGAACAAGAAUGGAAUACAACGAACGCAAAACAAAUUUUAAACUUCUUUCAUCAUCGCUGUAACUAGUAAGUUCAUCUAGUCCUUUUCAAGUAGAAAAACAAGACCCAUGAAAUGGAAAAGAGAGUUCCAACAAAGAAAGACAUGUUGAUACUGGAUAUGAGAAUAUUACACUGCAUAAAGAUAUGCAGCUUGGGUACCCUUCUUUAAACGCCAUCCAUCUUUUUCAUUAUAUAUUCUUAAACCUAUGAAGGGGUGAUUCUUUAAUUUCUAAAGUGUUGUUCAAACUCACCUUGAAAUACAGAUAUUAUGUCACUAAUAAUGAGGAGUAACUCAAUUUCGCUUUACAAAGAUUUUUUCUGUUACUUUAGAUUAUUUUUUUAUUAUGGUGUAUGUAACACAAGUUUACCAUUUUUAUCAUCUUUAGAUUAUUUUUUAAUCUCCCAUCUUGAAGUUUGCCAUGCUUCAGAAAUUAAAGUCAAGUUACCUCAUUGCUUUGAAUACAUACUAUGGAUAUAAAUGUAGGCAAAAUGAAAGAUUAUGACUAAUAUUCAGAUUCCAUUUUCAAUAAAGUUAAAUAAUGAAAGAUCUCACAAAGGAAUCAUUGUGUUUAAUUAUUCUGCCAUGUAUUACUAAUUGUAUUUAAAAUUUCUACUUCCUUUAGGCAUUUUAUAAAAAUUUAAAAAUUAUUUUUCUAUUUUGUUUAAAAGAAAAUGCAUGGCUUUUCAAGUGGCUAAUGAAGAUCAAAACUAAGUUAGGUUAGUCUACCAUUAGUUCAUAUGCUUUUAUAGCAUAUGUUUUCAUACCAUACUGAAAUUUUAAUAUUUUCUGCCUUUAAUAAUCGAGGUGAGUGUUAAAGGCCAGGGAGCCUAACUUGAUAUCUUGCUUAUGGUCUUUCUGUCUACCUCAUCUUGGGAUGAUCUUUCUGAUACCUUGCUGAUAUCUUGGACUUCUGCCUCAGUAACUUUAUCACAUUCCAGCAGCUUAUUCCUGCAGCCUUACUUGGAAUAUCACCACCUUGAGUUUCUCUUUUUGGUAAAAUUUCAGUAACUGAUAACUGCCCUCUUUUCAGUUUUUUUACUUCCUUGUUUUAUUGACUUUUCUCUCCUUUUAUGCUUGUUACACAUUCUUCAGUUCCUUCUCACCCCCUUUUCUUGACUGCUCCCCUUCCUCCUAAACUAUUAGCCACUUUCAGGCUUGCUUUCCUAUCCACCCUCAGCUUUAUGGGGCACUAUAUGAACUAAUCUCACCACUUCUUCUUCCCCUAGUCUUUUAGUCUAGUUCUUCUGCAAGCCCUCAACAUCAGAUUAAUCCUGUUUAUUAUCUAUCUUUUCUGGGAGGCUGAGUUCUUCAAGGGUAGUCCUUCAGUGGAAUCACUACAGAUGUCUCGCUUCAGCCUUAGAAAAGCCCUCAGUGUAAACCUUCUGUUUGUUACUAGGGUAGCCUCUGUCCCAUUUCCUGCUGUGGCUGAGCUGAGCCAAACUUCAUUACUUUCCUUAGGCCCUCUGCCCCUCAUCUAGCAUAUGGCUCUUCCUCCUAUUGGACAAAAAAUUGAGACCAUGAAGAGGUGAACUUGUAUUUACCAACUUUAUUCAUUUUCCCUUGUUUUAGAGGAAAAGAGCUUGCCUGCUUCCUAUCAAAAGCUACUGUGUGCUACAGGUUGGUUUCAUCUCUUCUGUCUCCCUCAUUUCCCUUGUGUUGUCUUACUUUCUGCCUACCUUUUAGAUAUUUAUCUUUGCUAGAUUUUCUCUCUCUCUUUUUUUUCACUUUACAUAUUUUAUACAAUGUUAUUCAUAGCCAUGGCUUUUACCACCUGUAAUAUCAGACUGAGUCUCAAACCUGCAACUUGUAUCCUGGCUUCUCUCUUGCUCUCUCAACCUUGUUUCUAACUACCUAUCAAAUAUCUUCACUUAGAUAUCCCAUAGUAAUUUUAAAUGCAAUGUGUCCAAACAUCAAGUCCUUGUCUUUUAUAUAAAAUCCUUUCUGCUUUACAAGUUUUCUCUUUUGGGGAUCUUCCACAGAUCAGAGCAACACAGAAUACUUAACUUCUCAGCCAUGUCUCUGUAGUCAUCCUGUAUCAUCAUGUUAUAGUGCAGUGUUGCUCAAACAGUUAAAAUCCAGUCUGCUUUAUCAGUAAACAUAACAAUUCUGAUAGAGCCUUUGUGGCAAGGGGAAUCUCUCAAUUCCUGCCCCAGCACCCUUGCUUAUCCUUACACAGCUAAGAUUUUUUAUUUAACUUAGCAUUUUAGCAGGUUUUAUUAUGAAAAUACCUUUGUGCUUUCUAAGUAUAAAGAUUUAAAUUAUUUUUAAUAUGGUUUUUAGAACCACAGUCUGUCCCUCUUUUUAGAGCAUCCUGAUCAAUUGCAGGUACUUCCAGUUCUUCCCCAAAUGUACUUCUACAGCCUUCUUUGUGACCAAGUGAAUACCUACCUACUUUUUAAGACUCAGCUUCAGUGAUUCUGUUUUCUUGGGCUUUUUUCAGCCCGUUUCAGUCAAAUUAGAUGCUCCUUUGUUCUGGUUCUUUACUCUUCCCCUCCCAUGUUAUCACACUGAUCACAUUGCUUUGUAAUUAUUUUAUUUAUAGUUGGUAAACUCCAUAUUUAAAAAAUUUCCCUGUAUACAUAGUGCAUGGUAGACCCUUAGUAAUGUUUUUGAAUUAAUGAGACAUGAUUCUAAAUGCCAAAUUGCACAAAAAGGUUUUUACUAUUGGAUUCUAAACUGCCAUGCCCUCUAUACCAGUGGCUGACAAGGCAUAUAGGUAUAUAUAUAUUGUCUUGAGAGGAGUAUUCAGAUUCUGAACCUGAGAAAAGAGAACUUUCUCUUGUGAUGUUGGAAACUUCCAUUUUGCCUUUAUAAUCCUUAUAGACCACUUGGUCUCACUCGUUGGUACAAUUAUGAGGGUAAUACUGGGUGCUCUUUGUACAACUUUCCAUCCCCACACAGUUGGAGAAUAAUUUGUAGGCUAGAGCAGUUAAAAUGCUUUUAACUCUGGUGUAUUGUAAAAUAAUGAACACAUUCUUGUAUAUGUUAAAGCCUGCUAAAUAAUUCAGUUAGAAUGAAGUAACCUCAAGGUACCAAAUACCCCACAUAAGGAAAGUACUACAUUAAUUCACUCAACAACUGUUGUAUGCCUACCAUGUGCCAGAUUUUAUCCUAGACACUGAGGAUAUAGCUUUGUAACCAAAGCUAUAUCCUGUUUCAGAGCUUGUAUUCUAGUGGAAGAAGUUAGACAAAGCAUUUUAAAUAAUAAAUGUAUUAUAGAGAGUGUCAAGUGAUGAGUACUAUGAAGAAGAGUAAAUUAGGGUAAGGGGUUAGUGUGGUGGGAGAGGGGUGGGAUGCCAUCAUAUUUAGGGGUGUUUGGGAACUGUCUACUGCUUUAGCAUUUGUGUCUUCAAAUUUCCCUCCUUUGGUUAUAUACCUUGCAUAUUCAGUACAUUCAUAAAGUUUCUUUCUUAUACAAGUUCUGAUACUGAAUUAAGGAAUGGGUAACUACUUAAGACCUUAUCAUUUCAGCUACACAUAAAGGGUUUCUCUCCAGUAUGGAUUUUGCUAAUGGUUAAGUGAUACCGAAAGGCCUUGUUGAAUUUUUUACACUUGGGGUUUCUCUUUGGUUUGAAUUCUCUUGUGAUUACCAAAACUCUGUUAAAGAACUCUUCGCAGUCCUUAAAUUUGUAUGUUUCUUUCCCAAUAUGAAUUUUUUGAUGUUAACUAGGCUUCAAGGCUUAAUUAAAGAUGUGUCUGCUGUGCUGCAUUUACAGGGUUUUAGGCUACUGAAAAUAUUGAUGCUGAUUAAGGUGCAAAUCAUGACUAAAGACUUUUUUCUUUUGCAUAUAGUAGAGUGAGGUGAGGGUCAUGGCUAAAACCCCACAAUAACAUUACAUUCCUAACUUUACCAUCUUGCUGCAAAUUCUGAUGUUCAUUAAAGUGUGAGCUGUGUCAAAAGUCAUUCUUAGAUUCAUUUUAAUGGCAUUUUAAUAAACUCACAGUUGGUAACAUGCUGGUUUUAGAUUGCUUGUCUUGUUUCUCUUUCUACUUUCUAGGGCUCCUUUUCUAGCUUAAAUAAGGGUACCCCAUCUGCCCAGAAUUCAGGAUUCUAUAGUUCUUUAAUUUCACUUCUCUAUAUUCUUUUUUUUUUUUUUUAACAAUGAGAUGAUAUGUUACAGCAGUAUUACAUUAACAUGCAUUUAAUAUAUCCACAAUUAAAGUAUGCAUUAUGUAUUUAUGCUGGUGUUCUUUCAUAUUUUUUAUUUCUUCUAGUGAAAAUUUCCAAGUAAACUGUUUUUGAGCAUAUACAUUUUUAAAAAAAUAAAACCAUACACCCCUA